AUGAGCUUCUGCGGUGUGAACGGGGUGGGCAAAUCGACCAAUCUGGCCAAAAUUUGCUUCUGGCUGAUCGAGAACAAUCUGAGCGUGCUGAUUGCGGCCUGCGACACGUUCCGUGCCGGUGCAGUGGAACAGUUGCGAACGCAUAUGCGCCACCUAAACGCGCUGCAUCCGCCGGAGAAGCACGGUGGCCGCAACAUGGUACAGCUGUACGAGAAGGGCUACGGAAAGGAUGCGGCCGGCAUUGCGAUGGAAGCGAUUCGAUACGCCAACGAUAGCAAAAUCGAUGUCGUGCUGAUCGACACGGCGGGCCGGAUGCAGGACAAUGAACCGUUGAUGCGGGCGUUGGCGAAGCUGAUCAAAGUGAACGAACCGGAUCUGGUACUGUUCGUCGGCGAAGCGCUGGUUGGUAAUGAGGCGGUUGAUCAGCUGGUGAAGUUUAACCAGGCCCUGGCGGACUACUCCUCGAGCGAUC